ACUGGGUGACUUUGUCUUGUCUAUUAAAUUUUGGAAGCUUUCCACUGACGACGUAUAUUGUCAUAAUAUAUCAUUGUAUAUCUCCAUUCACUUAACCACAUAAUCCAUUUUGUAUUUGUCUUUUUUGAAAGUUCUUGAUGUUAAACUAACUCCCACACUAUAUUUCACUACAUUACACUCAAAUAACAGUCCCGUUGGUUUACGAAGUAUAUUCAUUACUCCUUUAAGAUCCCCCAAACGAUCUAUCAUUGACACUUUUUUGCAUCCCCUCCAUAUCCAGACGCUCAAGACGAGAACUUGUUCCGUAUCACCCUAAAAAAGUUUUUUCUGAAUCCAUUUGAACCCACUUAUUCACUCAUACUUCAUUUCUUUCAUUAAAUUAUCCGACUGAUUGAUUCAUUCAUUCGUUAAUACCUUUCAUACCAUCAUUUUACAUUCAUUAGCAUUUACCACAUCAUGAACAACUCACCCGAUUUUUUUCACCAGAUUCGGUUGAGCAACAGCUCUUUCAAAGCUGCCAACUUCAACUUACAGUUGUUGGAGUUCAAAAGCCACAGCAACGUCAUCAAGGAAUAUCGUAUCGACAUGUUCAAUCACUUGCUUCUGUUGGAGUCGCUGACGUUACCUAACUUAUCAUUGAUCCAACAGCAACCCGAAAUAAACCUCAAGAUGAGGCCCUUAUUAUUGGACUUUUUAUUGGACGUCAUCAACAAGUUGGGAUUGUCCAAGUCGACGUUUCCUUGUACGGUCAACUUGAUUGACCGGUACUGCUCCACUCGGAUUGUCAAGAAACAACAUUAUCAAUUGUUGGGUUUGACGUGUCUUUGGAUCAGUUGCAAAAACUUGGACAGCAAGUACAAGAUCCCCAACUUAUCAGAUUUAAGCAAAAUGUGCUGCAAUUGCUACGACAAAAAGUUGUUUUUGGAAAUGGAAAACCAUUUGUUAAAGUCGUUGGGAUGGGUGGUGCUGGUGCCCACCUUUGACUCCUUUAUCGAUCUUUACUUAAACUUGGUGACCACCUUCAACAACGUUUCCAACCAAGUGUUGAACGACUUGAAGGUGUUAUCGCUCUACAUCUGUGAGUUAAUCCAGUUUUAUCCCAACAUCUAUUUUAACUACAACACGUCGCUCAUGAGCUUGACGAGUUUGGUGAUUUCCAUCAAGAUCUUGAACUUGAACUUCAACUUGAACGAGUUUUUGAAGCUCUUGAACUCGCUCAUCGACGUGGACGACCUCAAUGAUUCCGAUAGCGACACCAAGACUACCGAUCCCGUCGAACACUUCACGUACUCCAAGUUCUCCAACUUGCUGAAAUUGUUGGUGAAGAUCUUAAAGUGUCCCCCACCGUCGUUGAAAUUGAAAUAUUUCAAUGAGAACUCCAAAUUCAUAAAGUUGAUGGAGAAGUUGAUCAACUUCACCAAUGUCAGCUUGGAGCCAAUGACGCCCAAGUCGACGUCCAAGUUGCCACCUACCCCCAACUCGUCGAACAUAUCUCCCAUUAACGAAGUGUUGGACAACAUUAACUUGAAGAACUUCAAGCUGUCCAACCAAAUCAACUGCUUGCCCCUGCCAAAUAGUCCUCAGUUUGUGAACAACAUUCAUCCACCGAUGGUGCAUCCCAACGACCGAAAGCGGGCACUUGGUACCGAAGGAGGCGACUUGAAGAGAAGCAAGAGUGUACCUUUACUUUUUAUUGAAUAGCAUAUAUGCAAUUUACGUCUAGAGAAGAAAAGAGUAGGAGCGAUGCGCGGAGAGUGGUCUCCGCGCGCUGAAAACCAUCCGAGUGAAAAUCACACCGGAAAACGAAAUCACACCAGAAAACGAAAUCACACCCACACAAGAAUGGUAGCUGUUAAACCACCUCAAAUACCAGGAUGGUAGACGUUACAGUACUGUUGAAAUUGGGUAUAGUUGAACCUUGGUGGUGCCCAGCCCAUUGCAUUGAAGCUUCAGUGUUGCACUGAAAGCUUAAUUGCCAACACACUUUAUCACCAGUUUCACAUCCGUAAACCCAAUUCCGUAGGACAUGUGUUGGCUAACUCAAACCCUAACUGACUCUGCCCAGCCAGUUGGCCCCUCUCUUACCUGCAACUGAUUAGUUGCAUUUCUUCGAUUAAUGGAGUUCCAUCAGCCGCGUAGGCCUCUGGCCCCUUCCUGGUUACUUUUACGUUUCAUAUUCAAAGUCUAGAUUACCCCCCGGGCCAAUUAGACUUUUGAGUGGGAUGGGUUGUUCACUGGUCUCGGCAAAGGUACAUACACAGAUGCCACAUCUCGGAACCGCUGUUCCAGUCCAGAUAAUUGGGGUUUGAUCUCGACUUCUAGAGGGUGAAAAAA